GGAGAUAGCAGCAGCGUCGUGUGCGACCCAACCAGUGGUGGCGGUACGACGGCGGCGACGGGCGCGCAAUCCCGUCUGUCCGCCAAUGCGGGUGUCGUGUCCGCAGCUACCGGAAGUACCGCACUGGGUACCACCGGACCAGGCACCACUCCGGUGCGGGAGUGCGCUGGAUGCGGGAAACGGAUCGUUGAAAGAUUUCUCCUCAAAGCACUGGACCUGUUCUGGCACGAAGACUGCCUCAAGUGCGGUUGUUGUGACUGCAGACUUGGUGAGGUCGGGUCUACACUGUACACCAAAGCGAAUCUCAUCCUUUGUAAGAGGGACUACCUUAGAUUAUUCGGCACGACGGGGUACUGUGCAGCGUGUAACAAAGUCAUUCCCGCAUUCGAGAUGGUAAUGAGGGCGAAAAAUAACGUCUACCACUUGGAGUGCUUCGCGUGUCAACAGUGCAAUCAUAGGUUUUGUGUUGGCGAUAGGUUUUACCUGUGUGAAAACAAAAUCUUGUGUGAAUACGACUACGAAGAAAGGCUAGUUUUCGCCAACAUGGCGUACAACCCGAGUAGUCUGGCCCAUAUCAGAAGGCAAGUCAGUAAUUUACAG